AUGAGGUGUAGCCGUGCGCAGGGGUUGAGUGACGAAUUCGAAGUAUUAUUGGCUGCUUUCGUCGAUGCUCACGGGCGUUUGUCUGGUACGGAGGGUUGCGAGUUUAAGAGGGUCCGCGUUGAGUUUGGAACACUGGAAGAGAUAAACAAUAACUGUAGAUCACCCAUCGAAGUGACGGUGGCCGUGCCUAGAAAGGAGUGCGGUGGUGAAUCGGGGACUGGAACCCGGGUACUGGGACUCUUCUUGGGUGAGUCGUUUAAGUAUGAAGCCCUGAAGACCGAGGACGCUGUGGAGAGGGAAGUUUAUUCUCAGAGGGAAGUUUAUGAUGCUGCCAAUCAAGGUAGUACCGAGGAAACUGCUGCCGAUGAGCCCUGCCUUCCGGAGUCUGGGAGGAAGGAGGUAAUCAGGCAGGAGUACAAUUGGUUUCGUGAGCCGAACAAGAUGGAGUUGACGCCUGGUUCAAUUGUGAAUCAGUCGAUUGAUCCUCGAGUGUUAAGGGAGUUUGUUCAACUGGUAUCGAAUCAAAUAGUUUCGAAUAUACCAGUAAGGAGUGUGAAUGAUGAGCUAAAGAAGAAGCUUACAAUGCAACUGGCAGGUGACAGGAAGGAGGAGUUAUUAGAAGUGGCUAACGAGGUUGGAUCUCACAAGGUAAAAAGGAAGCGUUACUAUCGCUUUACUGUAUAUGAUCCGUGUUCUGAGGAAGAUAGUGUGUCUAUAGAUUUGGCUUGUGUUCAAGAUGAUAAGCCUCCUGUAAUAAGCUUCAUUGAAACGCUAAGGAACGCUAUUUGCGCCAGUAGCCGGGUCGUUCGCGAACGGCCCAAGACGGUCCUGGCGCUUAGUAUAGGAUUAGCCCUGGCGGGUCUGUGGUAUAAGUAUACGCCUUGGCUGAAUGUGGAGACAGAGGGGGUUUUGCCCAAGACCCUAGAAACCACGAUCAUGCCGAACACAAACAUGCCGAACAUGAUCGUGACGAACACAAGCAUGCCGAACACCACCAUGCCCGACAUGGUCACGCCGAACACCACCGUGCCCCACACGAUCAUGCCGUCACAAAUAAUCAUCUUCGAGAACAACUCCUCCUCGGCGCUAAACUCCACCAAGAACAACACCGUACCAGAGGUCGAUCACGACAGGCACACUCAAAAGUACGAUCCCGCGGUGCUACAGACCGCAGUGAUGAACGAUGAAGAAGGAAAGACCUUUGGCAAAGAUAAGUCAGUCGUACGGUUCGAUUAUGAAGACGACAUCCCAGAUCAAGAUCACGUCGAACACAUUCGCCUUAAGCGCUACGGCGAGAGCUGGAUUUCUGACUCCUACGAGAUUGUGUGGGAGGACGACCCACCCUGCUGCCCUCCUUCCCCCCACCGGUCCAGCAACUAA